CGGUUCGGUGUGUGUGUCGCCGGCUUCUCUAGGGUCCAUGUGAUUUUCACGCCAGUGCUGCUGAACGGUCCAGGAGAGGGAGCUGGCAGGGUCCGAUUAAUUGUCCUUGAGUCCAAGUGUCUCUUCGGGCCCUUUGGGGCUCAGUGGAGUGAAGGAAGACAGCAGUCAAUUAUAUGGAAUUAUGGCUGGGUAUAAGCCUGUAGCUAUUCAGACAUAUCCUCUGCUUGGUGAAAAAAUUACCCAAGAUACACUGUAUUGGAACAACUAUAAGACCCCUGUUCAGAUUAAGGAAUUUGGUGCAGUUUCAAAAGUAGACUUUUCUUCUCAGCCUCCGUAUAAUUAUGCUGUCACAGCUUCCUCAAGAAUUCACAUUUAUGGCCGAUACUCCCAAGAACCUAUAAAAACCUUUUCUCGAUUUAAAGACACAGCGUACUGUGCUACUUUUCGACAAGAUGGUAGAUUGCUUGUGGCUGGCAGUGAAGACGGUGGAGUUCAACUUUUUGAUAUAAGUGGAAGAGCUCCCCUCAGGCAGUUUGAAGGUCAUACAAAAGCAGUUCAUACAGUAGAUUUUACAGCUGACAAAUAUCACGUGGUCUCUGGGGCUGAUGAUUAUACAGUUAAAUUAUGGGAUAUUCCAAACUCCAAAGAAAUUUUGACAUUUAAAGAACAUUCUGAUUAUGUGAGAUGUGGAUGUGCUAGCAAACUUAAUCCGGAUCUCUUUAUAACAGGAUCAUAUGAUCAUACUGUGAAGAUGUUUGAUGCACGAACGAAUAAGAGUGUUCUCUCUGUUGAGCAUGGGCAGCCAGUGGAGAGUGUCCUGCUUUUCCCCUCUGGAGGUCUUCUGGUGUCAGCAGGAGGUCGUUACGUUAAGGUCUGGGACAUGUUAAAAGGAGGACAAUUGCUGGUAUCUCUGAAAAAUCAUCACAAAACUGUGACAUGUUUAUGUCUAAGCAGCUCUGGACAGAGGUUGCUCUCUGGCUCACUGGAUAGGAAGGUAAAAGUAUACAGCACAACUUCCUACAAAGUAGUCCACAGUUUUGAUUAUGCAGCUUCAAUUUUGAGUCUUGCCCUUGCACAUGAAGAUGAGACAAUAGUUGUAGGAAUGACCAAUGGCAUACUGAGUGUUAAACAUCGGAAAUCUGAAGCAAAGAAGGAAUCGCUUCCCAGAAGAAGAAGGCCUGCAUAUCGAACGUUUAUUAAAGGAAAAAAUUACACAAAACAACGGGAUGACAUUUUGAUUAACAGGCCAACAAAGAAACACCUAGAAUUGUAUGACAGGGAUCUGAAACAUUUUCGAAUCUCUAAGGCACUUGACAGAGUUCUUGAGCCUACUUGUGCAAUAAAGACACCUGAGAUUACAGUGUCCAUCAUAAAGGAGUUAAAUCGAAGAGGAGUCCUUGCAAAUGCCCUUGCAGGUCGAGAUGAAAAGGAAAUCAGUCGUGUUCUUAAUUUUUUGAUAAGGAAUCUUUCUCAGCCAAGAUUUGCCCCUGUUUUAAUCAAUGCUGCUGAAAUAAUUAUUGAUAUAUAUCUGCCUGUGAUUGGUCAGUCCCCUGUAGUUGAUAAAAAGUUUUUGCUACUUCAAGGACUUGUAGAAAAAGAGAUUGAUUACCAAAGAGAAUUGUUAGAAACCUUGGGGAUGAUGGAUAUGCUUUUUGCCACCAUGAGAGGGAAGGAAGGCACUUCUGUGUUGGAACAUACAUCUGAUGGUUUUCCAGAGAAUAAGAAGAUAGAAUCAUAGUGUCUGCUAAAUAAGACAUAUAAGAACCCUGAAGUUGGAAUAGAUUUGCCUCUAUUAAAUGUUGGAAAGAGACUCUCUUUGAUACAUUAAAAAAACUAUUUACAGAAGCAGUUCUGUGGAAGAGACUGGAAUAAUUGCGGUCAGAAAACAAGUACCUGUUUUAAGUAAGACAUGGUUUUCCAUGUGCUAUUUUGAAUUAUUUUAUAGCAUCUUCACCUAGACGAUCUCAAUUGUCUUGGACAUAGACUAGUUUGUGUGGGAUGAGUUGAUAUUAAUUUUAGUACAGGAGUAUUCUGUAUCAACAUUUGGGUUGGUAUUCAGAUGGGAAUUCAAAUAUGAAUCCUCUCUGGAGAGGAUCCAACUGGGAAUCCUGCUAAAGGAACACGGUCUUGUAUUACUUCUGGAAAACAACAGCAAAAACAAAUGGCAACAACAAAAAGCCUCUUUCUUGAUGCUAAUCAGUGCCUUUGGGAUUUCUAGGCCCUCGUGUAGCUUGCUUCCUCUCUCCUUGAUGUCGACACUUGUCUUAGAUCACAUGCCCUGCCUCAGCUGGUAAUGGGAGCGCAGCUGUUCCAAGUGUGGCAAGUAAGUGGUCAGCUCUGAAGAACUAAUACUAGCUAGAUUUGUAUUCAGAGUGUGAGAGCAAGGUCUACAGAUAGACCUGAUUGGACUACUUUUUCUUCUCUUCAUGCAGCCUUUCUAACAAGUUUUCACUGUGUUUCAGGUCAGGGAAAUGAUAGAAUUUGUCAUUUUUCUUAUAAUAAAUAGCCUUUCAAACUAUUCUUCAUAUGUUUUGAGCUUAUCUUAUAGCUACCUAAUCCUCUGAAAACUGUUUUCUCUGAUUUGUAUUUAGAUAUUCCCCCCAUUCUUCACAAUCAUAUUGUGUUUUAGAACCCCAAUCCAGAGCAGUUUGCUUUGAAAAGUAGUUGUUUUUGAAAGUUUAAUGUAAAUAUUAUUUUUUAGAAUUUUUUUUUUUUGAAAGAGUCUCAUUCUAUUGCUGGAAUGUAGUAGAGAAGUGCAGUGGCGCAGGCUUGGCUCACUGCAACCUCUGCCCUCGCAGGUUCAAGUGAUUCUCCUGCCUCAGCCUCCUGAGUAGCUGGGAUUGCAGGUGUGUGCCACCAUGCCUGGCUAAUUUUUGUACUUUUAGUAGAGACAGGGUUUCACCAUACUGGCCAGGCUGGUCUCGAACUCCUGACCUCAAGUGAUCCACCUGCCUAGUCCUUCCAAAGUGCUGGGAUUAAAGGCAUGAGCCACGGCACCCAGCCUGUAAAUAUUAUUAUUAUUUUAUAAAGACAUUCUUACUUUCUUGGCUUUUUGAUGUAUCCAUUCCGGAUGGAUAAUUGUUGGCUAGUAACUCCUAGUACACUGAUUUCGCAGUUGCUACCUCUCCUACCUUUCUCUAAUUCUUACCCCAACUAAAGUAGUUAAAAAUCAGUAAGAAAAAUGUCUUGAGCUAGAAGAACCUGUAGAGGAAGAUUUUGUAAUGCGAAUCUGCUUUCAUAAUUUUAGUUCUGUAAAUUCAGGGUUUUUUUAAGUAGAAAAAAUAUUUAAUAUGUUCUAGUAAGAUUAUUAAGUAAAAAUUAAACAAACAUAUUAAUUUAAUAUUUAGGCUAACAUUAACAUUUAAAUUAAUAUACUAAGUGAAUAUACUUAAUAUGUUCUAGUACAGGUAUGCUCAGAAAUAGGGCCAGUUUCCCUUUCAUGAACUGAUUUCAGCAAUCAUACAGCACAGUGGCCUGUAAGGAACCAGCAGUGUGCUUCUCUGCAUAAUUAUGAAUUUAGUCAAGAUCAGAAGCUGUGUUUUGGGGUUAAGAAGGGUUAAUUUAUUUAAAUAAAGUUUCUAUUUAAAAACUUUUUAAAAACAUUAAUGCCAUAAGUAUUCUGAUAAUUUGCAUAGUAGUAACAUGACAAAGGUUUUCUCAUACGUCAUUUCAUUUGAUUCUCACCGCAGCCAUCCAAGAUUGAUAUUAUUUUCAUUUAACAUUGAAUUAACUAAAGUAGUUGAUUCACUCUCCAAGUCCCUGAGUGUGAGCUCUUCAUCCUAGCACUGUGAAGUAGUUUGCCUGCUGGGGCCUAAACUACUCAUUCCCUUGACAAAACUUCAGAGUGCUGCAGUUCUCAAAAUAUGUAACAGAUACACAUUUUCAAAAAGGUUAGGAAGCAGUUCCCAUAGCCAUCAGUACUUAAAUUCAGGAGUACUUUUUGUUGUGUUUGUUUUGUUUUGUUUUUAGAGACAAGGUCUCAUUCUGUUGCACAGGCUGGAGUGUAGUGGUGCGAUCAUAGCUCACUGCUACUUUGGCCUCCUAGGUUGAAGCUAUCCUCCCACCUUAGCCUCCUGAGAAGCUGAGACUACAGACAUGAGCUACCAUGCCUGGCUAAUUUUUUAUUUUGAUUUUUUGAGAGAAGAGGUCUCACUAUGUUGCCCAGGCUUCAGGCAAUCUCCUGGUCUCAAGCGAUCUUCCAACCUCAGCCUCCCAAAUGACUGGGAUGAAAGACAUGAGCCAUGCUCCCAGCAGGAAUGGUUAUUAUAUUCACUGAGACAAACUGUAGUAUUUGCUCUUUGAAGUACUUAAAUAUAAUUGGCAUAUUACAAUAUGUGACACUGGCCUUGAGAUUCUAAUUUAAAAUGCUUAACAAGAGUUUUAGACUUGUGAAUUUUAGUUGAAAGGUAUUUUAAAAUGUUACUAAGUCUGCAAAAGUACUGAAAUGUUUCAGGGAACUUGGAAAGUCACUGUAUGUUUCAUGUAUUAUAUUUAUGAGAGUUAAGAACUUGGGAAGGUUUUACUAAUGGGGUCAAGCAUUUGCAGUGCUGCUUAUAAGAUAUAAAUACUAUUAAGUUGUUUAAAGGAAUUUGGAUUGUAAAUGGGACUGUUAAAACAAAUUUAGUGUGUUCAACUUAAAUGGAUUCUAUCUAAAAUACCCUGGUGGCACCUUUACA